AUGCCUCCCACAGACUCAGAACUCGAUCUCCGAAGGGCAUCUAUGCAGGCGGGAAGUUUAGGGAUCAGCGAGGCGUUUGCGGAUGUGAACAACCUCGAGCACUGUGCCAAGUACUUGAAUCAAACCCUAGUCACGUUCGGGUUUUCGGCCUCCCUUGAUCUCUUCGCCAAUGACCCUGUGUCGAUUGCUAGGACUUGCAACUGUGUACACGCAUUGUUGCAGCAAAGGCAACGGGAUAUUGAGUUUAGGGAGUCUGCUAAUGAGCAGAGGCAACGGCUUUUAUCAGACAUUUCUAGACUAGAAGCUAAAGUGGAGAGGUUGGAGGAACAGAUAGCAUCCAAGGAUAGAGAGAUAGCUACUAUUACUAGAACGAAUGCCAAAACUGCUGCAGGAUUGAAGACGCAAAUUGAAAAGUUGCAGCAAGAGCGAGAUGAGUUUCAAAGGAUGGUUAUCGGGAAUCAGCAAGUUAGAACUCAGCAAAUACAUGAGAUGAAGAAAAAGGAAAAGGAAUACAUAAAGCUUCAGGAAAGGCUGAACCAAGUGCUGAUGGAGAAAAAGAAGGAAUCUAGAUCGGGAAUGGAAAUUAUGAAUUUACUUCAGAAAGAAGGCCGGCAGCGUGGUACUUGGAACGGAAAGAAGGCUGAUAAUGACUUUUAUAAAAAGAUCGUGGAUGCCUAUGAAGCAAAGAAUCAAGAGUUAGUGGCGGAGAAUGCUGAUCUGAGGGCUCUGUUACGCUCAAUGCAGGUGGACAUGCGUGAUUUCUUCAAUGCACCAAAUGGUGCAUCUAAGCAAUCUGGUGUUAAUGGAAGGCCAGAAGUUGACCCCUCACAAUCUCCAUUAGGUGGAAGAACGGAUAUGUUUGACCUGCCCCUCCACAUGGCCAGAGAUCAAAUAGAAGAAAGUUUACGGAACAAGAUGGCCUCCAUCAAGGAGCGCAUGGUUCAAAUUCAAGAUGCUCAGCAUGGUGCUGAAGUAACGUCUGAAGCAACAGAGAGAGAGCUGGAGCUGGAAGCUCAACUUGUUGAGGCAAGAAGUAUAAUUCAAGAGCAGGCCUCCAUCAUGUCAAAGCAUCUUGCUAAAUCUGAGAAACCAAGCCGAAGAUUAAGCGGAGGUUUAAACUUGGACAGGGAUUUACUCCUCUCAUCACCAUCUCAGUAA